AUGACUUUUGAAAGGAGGAGAAGAUCGGAAUCGGCGGUGGUUACAUCUUCGUCCUCCUCGGUAUCGGUGUUGCCGGUUCUAUGUUUCCGCUUUUUACUUCUGGUCCUACUCGGUUUAGUAAUUGCUGCGCCGCUCACCUCAGCGGCCAAAUUUGAUGCUGAGAAUGGCGCGGAUGAUAAUGCCGUCGUCGAAUUGAACUCCACGGUGGAGAAUAGUGGUAAUAGUAGUGAUAGUAGCAAUGGAACUCGGGUUAAAGAAGAUAGUUUCGCCGACAUGAUCGAUCGAGCUCUGGACAAGGAGUUUACUGAGAGUGAAGAUCAGAACGAAGCAAAUGAUGCUGGUAGUUUCAAUAACAGUGUGGCGGGGCAGCAGGCAGUUUUGGAGACUGUUGCUAGAGUUAAGCCCAAGAAAAAUGAAACCAAAGCGAAAGAUGAUAAAUCUUUUAAACUUCAUCAUGUUUUUAACUUGGAUAAUGACAAUGGAGCAGAAGAAACCCCUACCUUAAUCGAUCGGAAGGACAAUAUCUUCAUCAUAUCCAACUUUAAAUCGAAAUAUCCAGUUCUACAACUGGACUUGAGGCUGAUAUCAGAUCUGGUAGUUGUCAUCGUAUCUGCAACUUGCGGUGGAAUUGCUUUUGCAUGUGCUGGGCAGCCGGUAAUUACGGGAUACCUGCUAGCUGGAUCUGUAGUUGGUCCUGGUGGAUUUAACUUUGUUAGCGAAAUGGUGCAAGUUGAGACAGUGGCGCAGUUUGGUGUCAUUUUUCUGCUUUUUGCCUUGGGAUUGGAGUUCUCCACAACAAAGCUUCGAGUUGUUCGAGCUGUUGCUGUUCUUGGAGGCCUGCUCCAAAUUCUCCUAUUCAUGUGCCUAUGUGGAAUCACUGCCUCGUUAUGUGGUGGGAAAUCCUCCGAGGGAGUAUUUGUUGGUGCAUUCCUCUCAAUGUCUUCAACGGCUGUGGUCUUAAAAUUUUUGAUGGACAAGAACAGUACAAAUGCUCUCCAUGGUCAAGUGACGAUUGGUACCCUCAUUUUACAGGACUGUGCUGUGGGUUUGCUCUUUGCACUACUUCCAGUUCUGGGAGGCACUUCUGGGGUUCUCCAAGGAGUGAUUUCCAUGACUAAAUCGUAUGUUUUAAUCCAUUAUCCCUGCAUUUCCUUUCUCUAUGAAAAUGCUGUGAAAUUCACUAAUAAUUUAUUAGCCAGGUUGGUGUUGUUGAUCGUAUUCUUGGCUGUUUUAACAAUACUGUCACGGACUUGUGUACCUUGGUUCCUCAAACUGAUGAUGAGCUUAUCAUCUCAGACCAAUGAACUAUAUCAGCUAGCAUCUGUUGCAUUUUGCCUACUUGUAGCCUGGAGUAGUGACAAGCUAGGUCUAAGUUUAGAGUUGGGUUCAUUUGCUGCUGGAGUGAUGAUAUCAACGACUGACCUUGCUCAACAUACACUUGAACAGGUUGAACCUAUCCGCAACUUCUUCGCGGCACUUUUCCUAUCCAGUAUUGGAAUGUUGAUUCAUGUUCAUUUCCUUUGGAACCACAUUGAUAUUUUACUCGCAUCGGUGAUUCUGGUGGUUAUUGUGAAAACUGUCGUCAUAUCAACGGUUGUCAAGGGAUUUGGCUACAACAACAAGACUUCAGUUUUAGUUGGGAUGUCACUGGCACAAAUAGGAGAAUUUGCAUUUGUAUUACUCAGCCGUGCUUCAAAUAUUCAUCUUGUUGAGGGGAAACUAUACCUGUUGCUCCUUGGAACAACUGCUCUUAGUCUGGUAACUACUCCUUUACUCUUCAAGUUGAUCCCUGCUGUGAUUCACCUCGGCGUGCUACUACGGUGGUUUCCUCCUGAUAGUCAGAGUGAGUUGGGAUUUAAAGGGGACAACCUCCGAUCUGACAGUUCAAAGCAGAGGAUUGCCUUGAUAUCGAAGGAUCUCUUGAUUCACGAAGGAUGA